AUGCCGGAGAGCCAGUUCAUUUACAUUUCGGAGGAAAUCUUUAACUUGAUUAAGUGUGACCUAACAGAUAACGAUGUAGUAGAGUGCCAGGUGAUCGUUAUUCCUUUUCUUUUUUCAAAACUUGUUUCAUAUAUCAUAUUAUCAAACAUUUACUAACGGUUUUAACACGCUCCCACCCCUCAAGAUGGAAAUCGCAUGUUUUCUCAAAAGAUCUUUCCAAAAAACCACAAUGCCAUUGCAUAAUCCUUUCGGUUUUCAGGAAAUGGCUAAUCCAAGAACCGUGUCGGCACAGGAAUUCGCUGUCGAAAAACUUCAAGACACGUGCAAAGCGAUGUGUCAAGGUUUCGGAUUCACAUCCGUUUCGCAGCUUGCCGUGAACAAGCUUGCCGCAAUUUUACGGAGUAAAUUGUAUGAGUAUGGGCAUACAACGAGAUAUUUCAUGGAGAACAGUAAGUUUCUUUACUUAUUUUUAUAGUAGUAUUGCUAUGGACUUUGUUUUUUGUACCCUAGAAAAUUCCGUGAAUACUGUAUUAGAAGGGCAUGUCCUUCUAAUCGAGGGUUCUAUGAAAUAUGACAUUAGAUUUGGCAAAAUGUCUCUGGAACCUUCUAGAAAGUUUGCCAAAAAUAUGCUUUUUUGUAGGGAGUGAACAAGUUUUAUAAAUUUCAAUUACCUAUUUUCAGCCGGCCGAACGAAACCAAUUGUUCACGAUGUCAUCGGUGCUCUUAAGUACAAGAAAGUAAGCAUAGCUGAUGUCAAGAACUAUGCUGAACAUUGCAGCUGCACGAGGCCGAAGAAGGUAAACUCAAAUAUCCGUAAAUACCAAUAAUUCAUCACUUAUUUUUCAGCUGCCAAUAUUUCCAGUACCGGAUCCGGAUAUCGAUUCGGACGACGCCUACUUCAUGACACUUUACGGUCCCCGACCAUCGAACCGAGAGCUGAGUGAGCGGCAGGAGCACAUUCCGCCCUAUUUCAGGGCCCUGCAUCCCGAGUGGAUUGAGGAGGAGAAAAAGGCUGCUGCUGCUGCGUAUUUAGAACCAAAAAUGCGCAGCGCACCGAUUACUCAAGCCGACAAGGAGCAGGAAGAGUUCAACAAACUUCGGAAAUUGAACCGACGGAAUGAGACUCCGGAGGAACGAGCGGCACGGGAAGAGCAGGAACGGAAGGAGAAACUCCAGGCGGAACGGGAGGAACGGCAGAAACGAAAGCAGGCUGGACCACCACGAUACAACGGAUCAUUGCUGCCCAACUUCAUGGACUUUGAUUAUUACAGUCUUGGUUUUGCUAAGGAAGCCGAGGAAAACAGAAAAGCUGAAUUGGCACUUGCGGAGAAGAAUCUACAGUUGCAGAACGCACAGAAAGCUCUGGAUGCUCAACGUGCGGCCACAGCAGCCAAGGCUGCUGCUGCAGCUGCUGCGGCUGCUAUUGAAACUGCCGGACAAACGGAUGCCGCUGUCAGCGUUACUGUAAGUUUUUUUUCAAGACGUACUAGGCAAGCAGAAAGUGUGCGGCAUAAGAACGAGAAUUGCAUUAGGAAUAUAUCAAAUCCGCUUUCGUUUCUAUGAAGUCCAUUCAAAAGUUCAAAGGCUUUAAUGCUAGACAAACAGUGACGUUUAGUCAAAAACACUAUGAUAUCACUUGUUUGUCAGUUUAUAGUAAAAGUCUAGUAAACUCACUUUGAAUGUUGUGAAGAAGGCAAAAGAUACUUGACUGGUCAGAAUCUAAAAUCUCAACGAUUGAAUCUUGGUUGGAAUCAGAAAAAUACAAAAAAUGGAUGACUAGCGCAAGGAAAACGUGAGCGUGAAGCACAUGUUCAGGCACUUUAAAACCAGUAACUUUUGGUUAAUUUUGCCUUUUCCUCAAGUAGAAAGACUUACUGACUUAGAGUGAAGCACUAGGAAUCGAAAAGCGGAAGGUCGAGAAUAAAUUUACUUAAAUUACAGGUCCCUCCUAUCAAACCGGACGUUCUACACACCUCGUCUGAAAGUUUGGCAAACACCGCUUCGGAAGAUGUCGGACCAACCUUCAGAAUGUCUGAUUUGGUCAAGAAGCAGAAACUCCCCGGAACCUUGUCUAAUCCGGGCUCCGCCCCUUCGUCUAGACCUGGCAGCUCUCUGGGUAUUCACUCUGGACCUACUGUCGAAAAGAAGUUUGGACCUGGUCGACCGAAGAAGCCGAAGCCGGAAAUUCCAGCAGGACCACCAAAACCCAAAGGUAGACCACCAAAGAAGGCGACGCUUGAGAAGGUGAGUGUGCAUCCAAAAAACCGUAAAUUGUGUGUAUUCAUAAAUGGAUUCAGAGAAAACUUCUGAACGACGCUAUGAUUGCUCAGCAACAGAAGAAACUGGACGAAUUCAAGGAAGAGAAGGAGAAGGCUGAAAAGAAAGAAAAGGCCAAGAAGAUGACCCUCGAUGAGCAGAUUCGCAACCAAAUGCUCAGAGCCAAGAGCCAGAUGGUUCUUCCGAAUGCUGCCCUUACUCAGGGAUCCGAGUCGGCUACGGACGCAGUCAUACCACCAACUUUCACGGCCCCAGUUGCAAAACCACCAGUGCUCUCCGCUCAAAUCAUCGUGGACCCUACUCUAAUCUCUUUGGAUGUUCCGCAGAUUGGAAUGACUGUGGAUGUGGACGCCGCUCCGGUUCUUCUGGCCGAACCAGCUGUCGAAGUCGAGAUCAAGUUCAGCGAGGCGGUCACUGCUGAAAUCCCGCUUGACAACAUUGCUGUUCAGAAGGAAAAGAAGGAGAAGAAGGAGAAGCGGGAUAAGAAUUCGGAUGAGUACAAGGAGUACAAACGGCUAAAGAAGGAGAAGAGACGGCAGGAACGCGAGGAACGCAAAGGUGCUGAGUUGAAGGAGAAGACGACGGCGAAGGAAGAGGACAAGACGAAGAUCACGCCGUCGAAAGACAUGACGAUGAGCACGACCGAGGAUACGACAGGUUUGUAGCUUUCUGACUAUAGUUUUUAGUUGAGUUCAGUUCUGACAUUGAGACCUGAAAGUGCAGUCUGUAACAGGAAGUUCAAAGAUUGUUUCUCUAUAAUCAACUUUGCCACAUGGUUGCACACUCAUGGUUGUCAGGGCAUUCCAUCCCCCCCAAUUCUCUUCUUUCCCUCCUUUUGUGUCUCCUCUCAAAAUUCGUACGUUUUUCUGCUGGCUAUACCUUUUGAGACGCACAUACAACAUGGGACACUCUUUUUUUCAAAAUACGGCCAAUCAAACUUUUCUCAGUGCGCUGAUCCUAGUAAGGCUUGUUAAUGCAACAGGACUGAAAAUGAAUCUAAUAAUCUGUGAGUGAAUGGAAACGUAUAUUAUGCAUAUAUAUAUAUAUGUAUAUAUAUAUAACUUUGUGACAUUCGAAAAAGAUUAGUGACUACUGGCCGGUCAGAUUAUCCUCCCUUCCUGCAUCUCUCAUCCCCCUCUUUGCCUCGCAUUUCCGCUUGGCGCCUGCCUCAUCGUUUCAUCCUCAUCGUCUCCGCCGCCGCCGCCGCCGCCCAUUCAAAAUUACUUUUUAUUCAACCAUGAUGUAGCAGUCGUUGCCCUUCCCCCCGAAAAAAAUUAGACUGAGACUUUGGAGAAGGAGAAGAAGUGCCCCGACGCGGGAAGCUUCUUCCUCUUUUCCUUUUGCUGCUUUUCCGUCAUUUGAGGGGGAAUCCGUAUUGUGAAAUUGUUCUUUUUUAUCAAUACCCUCUUGGCUGAAUCAUUGGAGGCACACGCUUGUGUCAUCCGCCUCAGGUCUCAUGUUCCCAGCCGUCUCUCUUCUCUCUGCCAAUGUUUGGUUUCCGAAAUAUAAACGAUUCAGGGCACGGCAGGGCAGGCCGGACCAACAAUUUUCACCUUCCCCCCAUUGACUGCUUAAUCAUAACGUCUCCGGGUCCACAUACCCCGGGCCGGGCACUGGAUUUGACAAGUUUGUCCGUCUCCAAAUUAAACGAGCCUUAUCGAGCACGCACCGGGGUCAAAGUAGAUAUCUAGUCAAAAAUCGUCCGAACUUUCUCUCAAUAAUCGAUCGAUCUUCCCCUUUUUUCACAUUUUUACAUUUGGCCCCACAACAAUGGGGAGAGGAAGGAGAAGAAGAAAAAGAAAACGGCGGCUAAUUUUUGCGGGAGAAGAGGGAGGAGGACAUGGCAGUACGUUCCAAUCGUUUUCAACAGUAGUCGAUUCUUUGUUUUUCAACAAUAGCAACAUGAAAAGCCAUUUUUCUCAUUUGAAGAAAUGACUGUUCCCGCCCGCAUUGCCUUUCAUUCUUAUUCCCAUAUUCAUUUCCGCACGUACAAAUCUUCAACUUUUUUUUGCUCUGAAUCCAAUCGACAUGCACACACCGAGAUAAGCUCCCCGGGUUUGUGUCCUAUUGGUCCCAUGUCAUUUUUUCUCUCUUCCUCCUUCUCUCCUCUCCAAUCGACCACAUUUUGGGCUGUGGCGCAAGGCAGGCUCCACGGGUCCCCAACACCACACAUUCCUAGAAUGUCUCGUUUUCCACUUGUCUCUUUUUUUUUCCUUCUCCUUUCGAUCUAUACUCGUGGUUGCCCUUCCCUUCAUCCUCCUGGAAAAGGUCUUCCGGAGCAAACCCUUCUUAGAAACAUGAGAAGAAGAAGAAGAAGAAGAAGAGAAACACUCUUUCAAAUGAUUUCUUGAGCCUUUCGUCACCCAACAACCCUCCCACCCCUUCCUUCUCGCAUUUCUUAUGAAUAGAAAUUGGGUAUUUGUGGGUGAGGGUGGACGGACAUUGCCCGGAAAGGAGGAAUGUUUGGGCAUAUGUAUGCAUUUCCUUUUAGAAAAUUACUAUUUUGUUUGGUAUUUCUCAUUUUUUUGAUUUCAGAUCCAACUCAAAACCCGAAGCUCAAGCUGAAGAUCAAAUUUGGCGCCAACUACGCUCCGAAACCAAGCGUCGGCUCGCAAAUGCACCCGGAUUCGACAAACUCUUCCAGCCGACCGGUCUCAUCGCGAAGCAACUACCACGAGGACCCGGCGCCGCCAAUCAACCCGCCACUCAAGUUCCGUUUCAAAAAUCUCUUCAAUUUGGCGGACACGUCCCGCGAGGACACUGCCGAAGUCUCGUCGUCGACAUCGCAAAGCUCACGACCAAGCUCUUCGACGGAGGUAAUUAUGGGUGUGGGAGUGUGCAUUGAUAAUGGGCGGGUACACUGGUGAUAACCAAUUUUCGCUCUGUUUAUGGGAAACUUGCCUUUUCAUACUUUUGCGUCUAUUUGCCACUAUAUUAGGUUAGUAAAACGCACAGAAAAGUAGAGCUGGCUCGGAAGAAGAAGAAGAAGAAGAAGUAGGUAUUUCGGAUUCCCAGUAGACAAAUAUAGCCAAUUUUCUGUUUAGUCUGACCAAAAUACAAUCAAGUGUGCUGUGCUCAGCUCACGUGACUAAUUGCGAUUUUCCAUUUUCUAUUUCCAUUUUCAGCCCUCGUCAUCAUCGCACAAGCACCACAAAAAGGACAAGAAGGAGAAGAAGCACAAGAAGGACAAGGAGCGAGAGCGUGAGAAGGAGCGAGAGCGUGAGGAACGAAAAGAGCGUGAGCGCCUGAAAGAAGAAGCGGCUCGGCGUGAAAUGUUAGUUUUUUCUAUGCUUCUGAAUGUACAUAUCAUUCCCCGCAUUUGUGUACAUUUCGAACCAAUCAUUAUUUUUGUGAUUUUAGAGAAGAACAGCAAGCACGUGAAAUGGAAGCUCGUCGAAUCGCUGCCGAAGAAGAGGAGCGCAAGAAAGAGAAGGAAAAGCGCAAGGAGGAGAAGCGCAAGGAGAAGGAGCGUCAGAAGGAGAAAGAGGAGAAGCGCGAACGGAAGGAGAAGGAACGCGAACGCGAGCUCGAGAAAGAGCGGGAGCGUGAACGCGAGAAAAUCCGCGAGAAGGAGCGAGAGAAAGAGCGUGAGAAAGAACGCGAGAAGGAGCGGGAGCGUGAACGUGAUCGCAAGAAAGAAGAAGGUAAGAAUACAUGUUCACGCGUACUUGAAUUCAUUUUAUGAUUUUCAGAAAAAAAGAAGAAAGAAAAGAAAAAAUCACCGCCGCCAUCUCCCCCUCAACCAGCCGCCCCAGCCCGGCCUCUCCUGCAAGAAGACGAGGAAGAGGACGAGUCGGAAGACGAGCAGAUUUGGAUCUGCCCCGUGUGCUCGGUCGCCUACGUCACCGGCGCCAACAUGGUGUGCUGUGACCAGUGUGAAGACUGGUUCCAUUGGUUAGUUUGUUUUCAUGAAUUUUUGGGACUUCCUCGCCAGUUUGGAAAGUUCGCAAAAUGCUGCUAGUUGGUUUAAUAUUUGCCAGCUUUCCUUUCCUUCUUCCCUUUGUUACAACUCGAGCUUGUUCCGUUGGAGCACAAACAAAAGUGCCAGUCAGUCACAAUGGAUCCUUUGAUCUUUCACUUUCUCAGUACACUGCUCAAUUUAAUGUUACCCUCGAAAAGGCAAAGCUUAUGAUUAACAGUUCUUUGCUGCCUCGUCAUUCGUUUCUAUCGCGAAAAAGUGCGAAAACGAUAUUGCAUGAUCUCGACUGACCGUCCAUCAAGAUCAAGACCAAAACCGAAACCGAAAAAUCAUAUAUCUAUUGCAGGCACUGUGUUGGAUUGACUGCCGAACCAACAGACACGCAAUGGUUCUGCAACCGAUGCGCUCGGACCAACAAGAACAAGAAGGGAGGCACGAAGCGGCCGGCCGCUCCCCAUGAGAAGUCGUCAGCACCUAAACGACGAAAACACGACAAGAAUUAA